CAUUACUUUUAAUAAGCAUCCAUCCUCCUUUUCCCUCUCUCCACCCCUCAUUUCACUCGUCUUCUCUUGCCUUGUUGGAGGAUCACUCUUUAGCUUUCUUCUCUUACCCACUUUUCUCUUCAUCCUUCUCCAUUCUCUUUUUCUGUCAGUGUUUUCAUCUACAUUCGCUGUUUUCCUUUUUUUCCUCUGCUGUUUGUUACUCUGCUCUCCAGCCUGCUGACAGUGCUGUGUAGUGGCUGCACUAUGUGGUGGUGGCUGCUAGGUGUGUUCAGCUGUGUGCUGCUGGUGGUGGUUGUCAUCUUCUUCCUGAUAACAGGGCAACGCUACAAGGUGUUCAGCGAGAAGUGCCUGAGGCCACCAGGGCCUUUGGUCACCGACAGCAGACAGAGGGAUGACAGGCUGAAGAGAGGGUUCCGUGUGGACCGCAUUCCCCCCUCUCUGGAUGCGGUGGUGAUUGGCAGCGGUGUGGGAGGGUUGACAGCAGCAGCACUUCUGUCCAAAGCCGGGAAGAGGGUUGUAGUUCUGGAGCAACACGAUCAGGCUGGAGGCUGCACACACACCUUUCAGAAUAAGGGAUUUGAGUUUGAUGUGGGUAUCCAUUACCUGGGCCAGCUUCAUGAGAACAGCCUCCUGAGGGUUGCUCUAGAUCAGAUCACAGAUGGAAAGCUGCAGUUCACACGGCUGGAGCAGCACUUUGAUACGCUGAUACUGGGUCAGGCUGACCAGCGCAGGGAGUAUCACAUCCAUGCAGGGAAGACUGAGAUGGCAGCUAGCCUGAAAAAGCAGUUCCCAGGAGAAGAGGAGGCCAUUGAUGAGUUCAUGAGAUUGAUGAAGCUAGCCUCACGGCGGACUCCACUUAUCGCCAUCUUGAAGAUCAUACCAUAUUGGCUGGUUAACUUCUUGGUUCGGACUGGUCUAUUAGAUCUUAUAUCUUCAGUGUUCCGCCUAGCAGCAACCAACCAUUCAGAAAUGAUGUCCCGCCUCACACAGAACAAGGACCUGCACGCGCUGUCUGCCUACCUGUUCUAUGGUGUGCCUCCUAAAGAGUCCAGCUUUCUCAUCAAUGCUCUCCUUCUUCACCACUACAAGCGCGGUGCAUACUACCCACGGGGGGGCGCCAGCGAGUUUGCUUUUCACAUCAUCCCUGUCAUUCAGCGGUCAGGCGGUGCCGUGCUGGUCAGGGCUUCUGUGCAACGUGUCCUGCUCAAUCAGCAAGGGAAGGCCUACGGUGUGACAGUGCUUAAAGGACAAGAAGAGAUUGAGGUCCAUGCCCCUGUUGUCAUUUCCAACGCUGGAAUCUUCAACACCUUCCAGAAGUUUCUGCCUCAGCACAUACAGGACAAACCAGAGAUCCAGUCACUGUUGGGUAUGGUGCGUCAUGGUAUGGGUUCCUUCUUGGUCUUUGUUGGUCUGGAUGGAACCAAAGAGGAGCUGGGCAUUGUUUCCACCAACUUCUGGAUGUAUAAAGACAAUGACUUGGACUCACUUAUGGAGCAGUACUCUUCUCUGAGCAGAGAACAGGUAUUGGGCAACAUUCCCAUGAUGUUCAUCACCUUUCCAUCCGCCAAAGAUCCUACAGCCAACAUCAGACACCCAGGUAAGUCCUGUAUGACGCUGCUAACCAUGGCUCGCUAUGAGUGGUUCGAGGAAUGGGAGGGGACAAAGCUUGGCAAGAGGGGACAGGACUACCUGGAUCUGAAAAACGGCAUGGCGCAAGAGCUGCUCGACUGGGCACUAACGAUCUUCCCUCAAUUACGAGAUAAGGUGGUUAUGGUGGAUGCAGCUACUCCUCUAACUAAUGUCCACUAUUUGGGCGCUCCAAGAGGUGAGAUGUACGGCGCUGAACACAACUUGGAACGCUUUACCCCAGAAACGGUUGCUAGGACACGACCACAGACACCCAUCAGCGGACUCUACCUAACAGGUCAGGACGUAUUCUGUAACGGCAUGGCUGGGGCGCUGCAUGGCGGACUGCUCUGCGCCUCUGCUGUCCUUAAUCAAAUCCUCUACAUUGACCUUCUCACCCUGAAGACCCGCCUCAAACACAGGCAGACCAAUCAUAAGCUGACCUAGCUUUCACACAUACUUUACACCUGAUCAAACUGGGCUCUCUCGCACAGUUUGGGUUGUUUUGUUCUCCGUUGGGAUCUCAUGUGAGUCCCAUUGUAUACUGUUAAUACUGUAUAAGCAGCAACCCACCACCGAAAAAUGCAGUUUUUAUACAUCUUCAUCUUCAUCUCAUCAUAUUUUGGUCAAGAAAACUAAAUGAAAUUAUUUUUAAAGUUUACAUUUUUACUUAAUAUCUAAACUUUGAAAUAUAAUUAAUAUGAAAUAUCCAGAAAAUAUGUCAUUCUGUCAGGGGUCAUCAGUUUACUCAAUGAUAGCUGGGAACCACUGCUGUAGACCAUGCUGAGGAAAAACAAUUUCAGCAAGCCUGAUGAUCCUGUCUGCCCCGGCACAUGUGUGCGUCCCCACCAGACACCACCAUGGAUAAUUCAUUUCAGGUGUUCUGCUUCUACAGGAGAACACAGGUAGAGGGAGACAGAGAGCACCUGAGGAAGAGAACUCAAAACAAAACUGCACCUGCACCUGCAUGCCAACAUGUAACAUUAACUCUGUGUUCAAGUGCUGCUUCAUGCCCUGUGAAGAGUUUAAGAAGGAAGUCAAUAUAUAUUUUCAGACAGUUGGGAGGGUUAGAGAGAAGACAGACACGAGGGGGGAACUGCAAGAGUGGAGAAAUGUGGAGAGAGUAAAUUAAGCGCAACUGAUUCGAGAUUUACAGAAAACGAUGGAGGAGGAAAAGAGAGAGAGACUGAUUCGGUCUAGAGACGGGAUGGAGAAACAUGAAUGAAUUGUGAGAAAGCAGAAAACUGGUAAGGUCUAGCUUGUACUUAAAUGUACAACAACAGGAUUCACCUGUCACAAAAUGAUUGACUUGACAUGCAUGCCGCUGCAGACUGUUAAACGAAGCUGCAUUCUUUUCUAUAGUCUGUGAGCCAAAAUCAACAUAAGAGUAAUCAGCCUUCAAUCUAGCUACUCCUGUUGACUUUUAAAUACACGGUUGUGUCUGCUGUCUACACGUUAUAAAAUGGUGAGAACAGGUCUGGUCAGGUUGCUUCUGUGUUUCUGCUGCAUCUGUAACUUUUAACCUAGACCUGUGAAAUAAAGUAGUUAACAUGGCUGCUAAUGCAGUGAUCAAACACAGGAACAAAUCAUGGACUGAUGGUACAUCUCAUGUUUGAAUAUAAAUAAAAGUAAUGAGAUGAAUAGA